UUGUAUUAAAGAAAAUAGGUAGCCAGCUAGCGGUAUCUUUACUAACGUGUUUGUGAUUUGAAAAGUACGUGGCUAGCUAGAUAACGUCUAACAUUACCUAAUGGAACGUUAAUGUCUAGGGGGAUCAAUUUAUUCAGGCAACACAGGGACCAUAUAUUAAUUAAUGUAAAACGGUUAUUAUUCAAUAAAACUGCUAAAACUCCGUUACUUUGCCGCCCCUUCCCCCAUAAUAGCAACAAACCGCCCUUCUCUGAUGCAAUUGGCUGCAAUGCGUGAGAGCCGGCAGCCUCACCGUAUCCUCGGUUUAUGAAUGGAGGGCCGGUCUUUCCGUCAUCGUGGCGCCACUUGUUGCUGUCGCCGGGGUUUGCGGGGCAUCCAACACUAUCGGAAGUGAGCCGGCCCUGCACUUCCUGGUUGUUGGGCAAGUGGUGUUUUGUAUGGGGCUGGGCUUUGAAGGUGGACGGAAUAAGGUAGCUGGACUAGCUAAAUUAGCAAGAUCCGUAGGUUUGUUUCAAUGGGAAGCGGGAUAGCAGGAGGGAAGGAUCAAGACAAGGUUUGGAAGAAAUCGCCAAAGAGGAAAUCUACUACUCAAGCCAGGAGUGUAAGACAGAUUUGCUUUGACUGUAAGGGCAGCCACGGAAUCUUUUGUUGUUCGAGAGAAGAAAGAAGUCACACCAUGCAUGUUUCUGUUCUCUUAAAUAUUCUAAAGAAGUGAAAAAAACAUAGUUUUUUCUUCAUAUACUUACAUUUUUAUUUUUGUUUUUUUAACUUUUACUUUUUUUCUUCCCAGUUUUACAGUGACAGUAAAUCCGGCUUAAGUUUUUCUUUUCUUUUUAUUUUGACCCCUUCUUUUUUUCUGUUUUCCCCCCUUAUUUUUGGUUCUUUUGGAAAGAAAUGCUUUACCUGAAAAAGUACUUCACAGAGGGCCUGAUUCAGUUCACCAUCCUGCUGAGUCUGAUCGGGGUGCAGGUGGAUGUGGACACCUACCUGAGCUCCCAGCUGCCCCCGCUGCGCGAGAUCAUCCUGGGCCCCAGCUCGGCCUACACGCAGACGCAGUUCCACAACCUCCGAAACACGCUGGACGGCUAUGGCAUCCACCCCAAGAGCGUGGACCUGGACUACUUCUUCGCCUCCCGCCGGCUGCUGAGCCAGGUGCGCUCGCUGGACCGCCUGCGCGUGCCCAGCACCCAGCUGGACGCCUGGCUGGUGCACCGCGACCCCGAGGGCGCGGUGUCGGCCGCCGGCCAGUCCGGCCCCAGCAUCGCCCUGGACAAUGGCGGCGUCCUGGAGGACGUAGGGAACCCCGAGAGCUCGGCCAUGAGGGGCGGCGGGGGCGUGGGCGGGGGCGUGGGAGUGGGCGUGACGCACGAGGCCGGGUUCGGGCCCGGGGGCGAGGACAGCCUGGGCGCCGUGGCCCCCCAGGACGAGCAGGAGCAGGUCGGCGGCGGCGAUAACCUCACCAAAGAGGACAUUGAUCUGAUUGACAUCCUGUGGCGUCAGGACAUUGACCUGGGUGCGGGGCGAGAGGUGUUCGAUUACAGCAACCGCCAGAAGGAGAGCGAGGUGGACAAGCAUCCCACCGAGGAAAAAGGGGAGGAGCUGGAGAGCGAGGAGAGCUGGAGGAAUGGCCUCAACUUGCCUGGGGGGCAGGCCCAUGCCCAGGUGGACGGAGAGACCGGCGAGAACAUACCUGAGCAGCUGGCCGGCCUGGGAGCGCAGACCUCAGUAUCCCUGCAGGAGUGCUUACGGCUGCUUGAGGCCACCUUCCCCUUUGGAGAGGACCCCGAGUUCCCCGGUACAGUGAACUCAGAUCUGAACGGGUCCGGUGAAGAGGGUCCCUCGACAUCCCAGGGGCUCUUGCCAUCCCCCUUGCUGCCCCAGAGCGAGCCCUCCCUAGACCUGGAGCAGCAGUGGCAAGACAUUAUGGCCAUCAUGGAGCUGCAGGACAUGGAGGUGAACAGCACUGCAGGUAACUCCUUCCUGGCCACCGACACUGACAACAGCAGCACCGGCAACAACCACAGAGAGAUGGAGGCAGAGCCCCUGGUGAACUAUGGCCUCUCCAGCCCCACCCCUAUUAACCAAGAUGUCAGCCUCCACCAGGCGUCCUUGCCCAGCUGUAGCCAGGACCUCCGUCCCUUCUUCAGUCCCGAUUUGGACGGCUGCGUCACCAUGGAGCCCCCCGGCCCCCAUCCACCCGCCCUGCUCAGCCUCUCCUCCAGCAACUCCUCCAACCUCAACACCAGCUUCGGGGCCACCAACCUGACAGGUCUCUUCCUCCCACCCCCUCUGAACGGCACUAACAACGGCACCCUGGAGCCCGUGCUGCCCGACCCCCUCAACGUCCUGCUGGAAGAGGCCAUGCUGGACGAAAUCAACAUCCUGGACCUUGCCUUGGAGGAGGGCUUCAGUCACACCCAGGCCUCCCAGCUAGGCGAGGAGCUGGACUCCGACUCCGGCCUCUCCCUGGACUCCGGCCACAGCCCCGCCUCCCCCAGCAGCUCGGAGACCUCCUGCUCCUCCGCCUCCUCAUCCUGCUCCUCCACCUCCUUCUCCGAGGAAGGCGCCAUAGGCUACAGCACCGACGCCGAGGCGGAGGAGGGCGCCGUCGGGGGCUACCAGCCCGAGCACAGCAAGUUCUGCCGCAUGAGCUACCAGGACCCCUCCCAGUUCCACUGCCUCCCGCAGCUGGAGCACGUCGGCCACAACCACACCUACAACCUGCCCCUGUCCGCCUCGCGCCACCCCACCGAGCAGCCCCAGCCCGCCGGCACCAGGGGCAAGAGGCCCGGCCGUGACCGGCCACAGGACGCCAAGCUGCAGCAGCCCUUCCAGGAGCAGAACCUCCUGGACAAGCAGUCGAGCCGCGACGAGCGGCGGGCCCGCGCCAUGAAGAUCCCCUUCUCCAACGACAAGAUCAUCAACCUGCCCGUGGAGGAGUUCAACGAGCUCCUGGCCAAGCACCGGCUGAGCGAGGCCCAGCUCGCCCUGGUCCGCGACAUCCGCCGGCGCGGCAAGAACAAGAUGGCGGCGCAGAACUGCCGCAAGCGCAAGCUGGACACCAUCCUCAACCUGGAGCAGGGCGUGGACGCCCUCCGGCGCGACAAGGCGCGGCUGCUGAAGGAGAAGAUGGAGUUCCUGCGCUCCAUCCGGCAGAUGAAGCAGAAGGUGCACAGCCUGUACCAGGAGGUGUUCUCCCAGCUGCGCGAUGAGAGCGGGCGGCCCUACCCCACCAGCGAGUACGCGCUGCAGUACGGCAGCGACGGCAGCGUCCUGCUCACGCCCCGCCGCCCCGCCGCCGAGCAGAGCCGCAAGCCCGAGAAGAAGCAGAAGGACAAGAAGAAGUGAAGGGGGGCGGCCAUCUUUUCUUUUUGUUUGCAAAAAAAAAAAAAAAGAGAUGUUUUACUGAAGAAAGCAAGGUGUGUUUAUUUUCUUGGACACGACUGGUGGGGAAAAAAGCAAAAGGGCAGUUACACUACUUUUUCCUGGUUUAGUUUUUUUUCUUCAUUUUAUUUCAGUUACAGGAAACAACUGUGAAGCAUAAAUGAGUUGCUUUAGUACUGAGUUUUUCUUCCAUUGUAUUUUUGAAGAAAAAGGAUGAACGGGGAAAAAAAAUCAUUUUAAAACAUGAAGGAACUGACAGUUUUGAGAACAUCUUCACUGGACCUCAUGGCAGCCAGUCACUGCUGUUCCAUGCAGAGAAAGGACUGGUCCAAAAUCAGCCGUAAUCCACAAAUCUGCAGUCAUAAAUACACAAAAGCAUCACUUAUAUUGGAUCUUCUGUGUCUGCCUGGAAUCAGGUGGACAGCAAUGCAGGCACAACAUAAUUCAGCUUUAUGAGGUCACAAGAGGUGUUGCUCGUAUGUUGGCGGGCCCUUGAGAGCAGCUUAUUUGAGAGAUAUUGCAGCUUCAUUCCUGUGAUAGAGAGAACGGACUCCCCCCCUCCCCCCACCCCCCACCCUUCAAGGCUAAAAAGGAAGUCAUGUCAGAACGGGCCCCGGGGUUGAAGGUCCAGGAGGCUGUGGUGGUGUGAGCUGGACUUCGGAAGGUGACGAAAGUGAUAGCAGUUUAGCGAACAGAAAUUUUCUCCUGCAUCUUUGCCAGUACUUGCCAAAAGUCGUAUGGGUAUUCUGUCUUUAACUCAAGAGAAACGUGAGGAUUUGCCCUCCGCACUCGCUGAGACCGCGUUAGCAGUGCAGGAUCGGCGUGUGGUGAAACGCUGACAGGAUCGGGUCGAGGACUCAGUGCGGGCCGUUCUAGUGUUCCCUGAUAGGAGCUCCGAGGGCUGUUUCGUAAGGAGCUGAGGUGUUACACCAGAGGGGCGUGGCUGAGUGGGCACUGAGAGAGCCCAACCGCUGAGGAAGGCGUGGCUGGACUUGGAGUUCGGAAAAGGAAUGGGUGUGGAAUGAGGAAGCGCACACCAGAGAACAGCCCUGCUAUAUCUGUACAUAGCACUGCCAUCGUCUGUAGGCCUUGGCUGUACUGUAUAAACUCUUUCUCUCUUUCUCUUCUCCUCUCUCUCUUCUCUCUCUCUCUCUCUCUCUCUCUUCCUCCCUAUCUCUGCCUCCUCCUCUGUGUAAAAAAUUGUAGUGUCUCAUAUUGUCAUGGCUAAUGUUAGGAGCGUCUGUGUCUUGCUCACCCUGUCUCAGGUUCAAGGGUGAACAUUUUCCAUCGGCCUCAGUCGUCACCUAAAAAUUAGCUCAAGCCACCAAAAGAUGUCUUGCCUGGGAUAUGCUUACAUCCGUUCUGAUUUUGCCCGUUGAACAUCUUCUGUUCAGAGCGCAGAACAUCCUCCGAUGAACUCUUGUUCGUGUUAAUAUAGCUAAGAUGCUGCAUCCCUCAGCAAAAGGCUGUCAAAUUACAUAGAGAAUUCAAAUAUGUACUGAAGUUAAAAUAAAAAGGAUGCACUUCUUAAACACUUACUGCCACCACAUUGCUGUGCAGCGAAAUUUAUUUUAAGAAUUGUAGCUUAAUCUGAAUAGGACUGGUUAGUAGUUAACAUGGAUACUUUUGUUGACAGGCAUUAAAAGUGACACAGAUACAUAAUGGCUAUACAGCUAAGUAGUAGUGUCAACAAAGUUAUAAGGGGUUCAUUACCUUUCUAACGAGUCAAAAUGGUUGCAAAGGUGGCUGCACUUAUUGUGUUGACAACAUACCUGAAAUUUCAGGGCUAAAGUCACUCUGGUGAAAAAUUGUAUCAUUCAGCAGGUAAACCAAUGGGAAGUAGAAACUAAGAGAUGUUUUGAGUGUUGUGAAAUCAGCCACUGUAAAAGAAAACAUGCAGACAAAAGCUUUGUUUCCCCCCGAAACAUCCUUGAAAAAACUGAAAACAUUUACACAUUUGUUAUUGUUUACACAUUUAAGCGAUAGACGUAACAUGUACUCGUGUAACGACAACUUGUACCGUCUCCAUGUUCAACACAGGCGCCUUGUGCCUUACGCCAUCUCGGGGCCUCCCUAUUUCGCCUUCGGUGCAUCUCCCUGUUCAUCCCCAGCUGACCUGUGUGCUCUCUGUAGCCUCGCUCACUGGCUGUGGUACCAGGCCCCACAACAUGUUUGGUGACGGCUGACCAAGACUGUGCCUGAACGUGGACAGAGCAGUCAAAACCAGCGGGUGGUCAACCCGCUCAAACAACACAUAGUAGAUGUUUAUUGUCAAAAUUCGAGGCUC